AAUUAAUGGACGCCGAUAUUUUUAAAGAAAUGUUUCCUUAAGAUUUUAUGAAAAGAUUUUUGGAGAAAAAUGUUAGGGUUGAUGGAAGAUAAUUUAAAUAGCCAAGAUAGAUUAUAAUAGAAUUUGGAGAAGGAUUUACUCAUUAUUAAUAUGCUGAUUGUUUUAUUUCAGUCAAAUAAAUAAUUAAGGAAAUAGAAUUAAAAGAAAUAGACCUAAAUUAAUGCAUUAGUAUUAGUAUUUAAUGAGAUUAAGAAUUAUCAAUUAUUAUGGAUAAUUAAGAUGAUUUAAGUAAUAUAGAUAAAAUUAGAAUUGAGAAACAAUAUCUUAAUCAGAUUCAAGAUGUGAUUAUGCAGAUUAUAGAUCCAUAAAGACUAAGAACUCAAAGUGGAAAAGUUUAAUUAAUUGAAUUACUUAUUAGAGUAGCUGGAGCCGAUGGAUCAUUAUUAUCACAUCUUAUAAAUUGCGUUUCAUUCUCUUUAUAAUAAAGUAUUUUAUUUUAAAUUAAUUAUUAGUUAGACAUUUUGAAACACAAACAUCAAUUAUAAAUAAGGAAAUCAAAUGUUAAUCAUUUGCAUUUUUUGAAGAUAAAAUACUUAUUGAUCCAUCUGAUUUUGAGGAAAGAAACUCUUCUAAUAUUUCAGUGAUAUCCUUUUUAGAAGACAAAUAGUUCAUUUUCAAAAAAUAUGAUGGUAAACCAUUAAAUUAUAAUUAAAUAUAAUAAAUUAUUUAAUCGUUUUGA